AUGAACCCGACCAUGCAUGGUCUUCGAUAUCUGAGCUCCGCUCCCCGGGCGCAUCUCUUCACCUGCGCAUACACCAGCCUCCGCCGUCUCAGCAUCUCCGUGCCACGAAGAAAUGAUUCAGGCCGCUCACCAAGUCCGUUCGGCUUUGGGGGAGGACCUUCGCCACCACGCCUGCCAAAAGAAGAACAAGAGAUCUUUGAGUCUCUCCAGCGUGCCUCAACCGGCGCAUUUUCCACGCCGCGGACUCCUGCGCGGAUACACCAAUCACCAGACUCGUCCACGUCCAGGGUUAAUGAUGCGGAAUUAGCGAUAGAAGCGAGAGUUGAAGAGGUUCAAUCAGGCGGGGGUGAGAAUAUGACUCCGGUGUCGGAGGAACAGUCGCCGCUCAAGGGAGAGUAUGAUCGCAUGAUCGAGGCUAGGGCACAAGGUGAAGAGCUGCAUCCAAAUGUGGCGAGAGGUGCACGACCCGAAUUUGAGGGCGAUAUAAAUCCCAAAACAGGAGAGAUCGGUGGUCCAAAGAACGAGCCUUUGAGAUGGGGUGCAGAAGGAGAAUGGAGUUACAACGGGAGAACUACAGAUUUCUGA